UGGUCUCUCAAUGCGGAGGUGCUAGUCAGAGGUGCUCCAGUUGCUUUAACGCAGGCAUAGCACCUAGCCUGGCACCGGCGACAGCUCCGUAACAGCGGCGAUUCCGAAGCACAGCGCCGCCCCUUCCCCCGCUGCUCCCAUGGCGCGGCUUCUUCCUCAAGCUGCCCGGCGCUGCUUCGCCGGUGGCGCAGCCGCGGGAGUCCUUCAGGCGGGGGUCUAGGCGAUGCUCGAGGAUGCAGCCGGCGUUGGGGAGGAGUCACGCGGCGCUGCUGCCGGGUGUGGGAGGGAGGACGAGAAGGGUGUGGAGGGCGAGGUCGCUGCCGGAGCUCUGCGGAAGCGAGGUCCGGGGAUCGGGUUGCUGGAGGAAGGGAGGAGGCGCUGGCAAAGUGCUGCAGGUACACCACUAAAGAUGGAUUGGUGCCAGGUGGCUGCGGUGGCCUCAUACCCGGCAGGCAUCCUGGUUGAGGAGUGCGCCGGACUGGUGGGUGCCCCAUACCCGGCAGACGUCCUGGUUGGGACCUCAGGUCUUAGAUGUUAGGUUUGGCUGCGAGGUCUAUUUGGCAUUAGACUUAGACUAUCAACAUCCCUUCAUCAAUUAGAUAGGAGUAGCGACAGAUGUUGCCUAGAUGGUGGCUUUAGUCAUACUUUUGUAUGACUUUGUAAGGUCUUGUGUGAAUAAUUAAUAAAGUGGAUGCA